UUUAUGGAUUCACAAUUAGAAUAAGUAAGCGUGGAUAUUUAGAAAAUUGUUUACAAAAAGGCAAUGUUACAUGCUUGCAAAUAUGCCACUGAAGACGUAAUUGGUAUUGAUUAAUCUAAUGAUAUAGGAAUUCUGAUUGGUUAAAUUAAUGAUACACAUGUUAAUAUUGUGGACGCCUAUCCUUUAUUCCAUUCCAGAGUUAGUCUAAAUACAUUGGAAGUUUCCUUAGAUAUUGUAAUUUAAUUUCCAAUUCAUAUCAUUAGAUAUCAAGUGAAUUAUAAAGCGAUAGAAAGAUUAUUGGAGUAUACGAAGCAAGAGCUAAUGCUAGAGGAAUUAUGAGUAAUAUAGCUUAGGAAAUCUUAAACAAUAUUAAUUAAAAAUAAGCAAUUGUGAUGAGAAUUUCAUAAAUUGAGGUGGAUGAUAUUCCUCUUUUGAAUGCUAAAGUACUCGUUUGUAUUAAAUAAGAUUGUUUCAUAAAAUGAAAAUGUUAAAUAUGUGAUUAAUUCCUCAAGUACCUUGGAAUGGUGGGUUAUUUAGGAUUGCUUAAAGGCUGGGCUUCAUUGGAAAAUUAUAGAUUUUGAUGCUCAUUUUGAGAAUGUGUAAUUAAAUUUCAGAAAUCAGUAUUUAGAAUGAAUUAU